AUGGACGCCUCGAAGAUUCAACAGCUGGAGGAGUUCAUCAAGCAGUUGAAGUCCAAUCCUUCCAUUCUUUCGUACCCAUCUCUUUCCUUCUUUCGUGAGUACAUCGAGAGCCUUGGUGGCAAGAUCCCGUCGCCUGGGAGGGAUGAUAAGGCGAAGUCUCAUGUUGUGGAUGAGGCUGAUGAAGAUAUGGAUGACGCUGAAUAUAAACCACCUCACGAAGAGGAAGAGCCUGAAAUAGUUGAGUCUGACAUUGAACUUGAGGAGAGCGAUAUUGUGGAGCCUGAUAAUGAUCCUCCACAGAAGAUGGGGGACCAAUCUGUUGAGGUUACUGAAGAAAACAGGGAUGCUUCACAAGAGGCCAAAAUCAAGGCUAUGGAAGCAAUUGGUGAAGGUAAACUUGAAGAAGCUAUUGAACAUCUCACCUCAGCGAUUCUGCUUAACCCGACUUCUGCCAUUAUGUAUGCGACCCGAGCUAGUGUUUACAUCAAACUGAAGAAACCAAAUGCUGCCAUUCGGGAUGCUACUGCGGCUCUCGAGAUCAAUCCUGAUUCUGCGAAAGGUUAUAAAUCACGUGGCAUAGCGAAAGCAAUGCUUGGGCAAUGGGAUCAAGCUGCCAAAGACCUCCACGUGGCAUCAAAUCUAGACUACGAUGAGGAAAUCAAUGCUGUACUUAAGAAGGUUGAGCCAAAUGCACAUAAGAUUGAGGAGCAUCGUAGGAAAUAUGACAGACUUCGAAAGGAGAGAAAUGAUAGGAAGGCUGAACGUGACCGACAGCGUCGUCGAGCUGAAGCUCAGGCUGCUUAUGAAAAGGCUAAGAAGAAAGAGCAGUCAUCGAGUAACCGGCCUGGAGGCUUUCCCGGUGGUGGUAUGCCUGGAGCCUUUCCUGGUGGAGGCUUUCCCGGUGGUAUGCCUGGCAUGGGUGGUAUGCCUGGCAUGGGUGGUAUGCCUGGCGGUAUGCCUGGCAUGGGUGGUAUGCCCGGGGGUAUUGACUACAGCAAAAUUCUGAGCGAUCCUGAAUUGAUGGCUGCAUUCCAAGAUCCCGAAGUUAUGGCUGCACUCCAAGAUGUCAUGAAGAACCCUGCAAACCUGGCAAAGCAUCAGGCGAACCCGAAGGUGGCUCCAAUUAUAGCCAAGAUGAUGAGCAAAUUUGCUGGACCAAAGUGA